AGCAAACAUGUCCUGACCGAAGACAUUGUGCACCGGGAGGUGACUGCCGACCACAAGCUGCUGUCCCGGCGGCUCCUGACCAAGACUAACCGGAUGCCCCGCUGGGCAGAGCGCUUCUUCCCGGCCAACGUCGCCCACUCUGUCUACAUCCUAGAGGACUCUAUCGUGGACCCCAAGAACCGAACCAUGACCACAUUCACCUGGAACAUCAACCACGCACGUCUCAUGGUGGUGGAGGAGCGCUGCGUGUACCGGGUGAACCCAGAGAACAGCAACUGGACCGAGGUCAAGCGGGAAGCCUGGGUCUCUUCCAGCCUGUUUGGUGUCUCACGGGCUAUCCAGGAGUUUGGUCUGGCCAGGUUCAAAAGCAACGUGACCAAGAGCACUAAGGGAUUUGAAUAUGUGCUAGCAAGAAUGCAAGGAGAAGCUCCGUCCAAAACUCUGGUGGAGACUGCCAAGGAAGCAACUGAGAAAGCCAAGGAGACAGCUCUGGCUGCUACAGAGAAAGCCAAGGACCUGGCGAGCAAGGCAGCCACCAAGAAGAAGCAGUACGUGUGAGGGGCCAGGCAGAGCCGGGCACUGGCUGCACCGGAACAGAUAGGAGCCUCCUUAGGUUUUAUAUUUUUAAACUGUACAAGUCUGACAAUCAGCUGCUGUUAGACCCUUUCUGAGAUGUAAUUAUCAUUAAAAAAUCUACUCCCACCUCUGA